ACCUUCUCCGCUUCAGCAUGUUGGGACUCAUUCGGGCAUUAGCAGCAACAAACUAUGUUGCAUUCACAGGCCUUUUGGCAGCCUUGACAGUUGGUACCUUUGACGCCUCAAUUAUGUUGAAACUGGUGCACAAGAGUGCACUUGCCCGCAACGCGUUUCCUUACGUGGAGAUUACUCAGUCCAUGAUAGCCGAGUUCCCUUUACACCACUUGGCAGGCUAUUUGAUUAUUACCACACUAACAAAUCUUUUUGGUGGUUUUGAAUAUACACUGGCUUGGCUUGUGUAUUACGUACUUGGACUGCCGGUCAUAUUCUCCUGGAUUGUUUUGUUUGUUGAAGGUUUACGCGAAGAGGAGGUUUUUAGCGAGGGUAUCAAGGACCUUGUGACUGGUGGAGAGCCUGCCGAAGCUCUUCAGAGUCCAUUAAGCUUACCUCUUGUUACCCGACUCAUUAACCCGCUCUGGACACCACCAGAUGUGACAAUUUACCCCAACAUCACUUAUGCUACCACUGAAGAAACAGCCCAGAUUGUAGAAGAAACUGGUGAUUUUAGUCAGCCAAAACUAUUGUCGCUUGAUAUCUAUGGUAGAACUGACCGAGAUAUUAGUGAUAGACGCCCAGUAUUGAUUCAUGUUCACGGUGGUGCUUGGCGUAAAGGAUCCAAGAAUAUGUUCAAGCCUCACGGAAAAGUACUUGUUCAAGAAAACAAUUGGCUUUAUGUUUCAAUUGGAUACAGACUCGCACCUGAAAAUCCUUAUCCUGCUCAUUUGAUUGAUGUCAAGCGUGCCAUUCGAUGGGUUAAGCAAUCGAUUAGCAAGUUUGGUGGUGAUCCUAACUUCAUUGUCCUAUCCGGUGACUCUGCUGGUGGACAUUUGGCUACAAUGGCAUCAUUUACUGCAAACAAUCCAUUGUAUCAGCCAGGUUUCGAGUCUUUUGAUACUUCUGUUAAAGGCGUUAUUAGUUUUAGCGGUGCAUUGGAUAUCCAGGCAACUAGACAUCAUGCAGAAUUCUUUGCUCACAGAGUGGCUAUGCAAAAGAAAGGCGAAUUUGACCAGGAAUUCCUCGACAGACACACACCAACCAGACUUAUCGGAGAGGCUAAGCAAAACGGCAAUCUUGUUCCAUUCUUGUUGAUCACUGCCAGUCGUGAUACUUUGGUACCAAGUACAGUUGGAAAAGAAUUUAAGACUAUUUAUGACAAAUAUUCGCCACCUGCUACAUCAUCUGCUUCUCAAUGCUCUCUUUUGAAUCUCCCAACGGCCCAUCACAUUUAUUAUGUUGGAUGGACUCCUCGCUCUAUAUUCCUUUCCAGAUUGGUCCAGGCUUGGGCUGAACAGCUUUACACAAAGAAGAAGUAGAUUAUGAAAGAAUACAAUACAAUCCCAAAGCAGAAUUAUAUCUGUCCAGCUUAUACCAAUUACCAGUGUCUUAAUAUUCGAUUGAUUAUUCUAUUAUGUUUGUGUAAAAGAUGAUGCAAUAUGCAUAAUAUAAACAAGUCAUGUCAUGUUAUGUUAUAUUAUAAAUAAACGAGAAGCAGAGAGAAUGAAUAGUAU